AUGAGCACAAGCUCUUUGCAUUUGAAUCAAAAUAGGUUAAUACCAGUUGAAUUAUCAACAUUAAAUUCAUAUCGAAGGCAACAGCUACCAUCAUCAUCAUCAUUAUUAAAUGAUCAUCAUCAUUAUCAUAAUGAUCAAUAUCAUCAGACAAGAUCAAUACGUGAUCGACAACCUAAUAAAAGAUCACAAUUACAACAGCAACAGCAUCGUAUAGUUAAAUCAAUUGAAUUAAAUGAUGAUGAUGAUGAUUUUGGUCUAAUAAAUAGUGAAUAUUUACCACAUUUACAUCGGUAUCAACCAUUAAAUCUACAACAGCAACAACAACAAGAACAGCAACAACAGCAACAACAGUUGCAAUUACAACAGCAAAGAAAUAAUAAUAAUAAUAAUAAUUUACCACCAACAUCAUCAUUCUUUAAUAGCCAUAAUCAAUUUAAUGGUAGAUUUACUGGUUCGUCAUUACCAUCAUCAACAAUAACAUCACCAUAUGAUUAUCAAAAAUUAUUACCAAUUUCAAUGCAUCAUUUAUUACAACAUCAUCCAUCAUUACCAUUAAAUAUUCGUGGUAAUGUUGAUGAAGGUGGCGGUAUCAGUAGUAGCAGUAUCACCAUUAAUAAUGAUUUUAUUGAUAAUGGUAAUAGUAGAGAUUCUACUGGAAUCGGUUUAGGCACUGGAAAUCUUAAUAAUCCAUUUUAUGAUACAAAUAACAGAAACAGUCAAAUUGGUUUAAUGAACAGCAAUGAUAAUAGUAAUAAUAAAAAUAGCUUAACAUCAUUAGAUCAACAGACAUCUUCAUUAUCAUCAUCAUCGAAUGAAGAAUAUGAUUUAAAAGAUGAUUAUAAAAAUCGAAGAUUAUCAAGUUCUUUAGGAUCAUCAACAACAUCAGCAUUAGAUAAUCGAAUUAAACAGAAAGAAGAAAAAAUUAAACUUGAAUUAUUAAAAAGACAACAGCAAUUAAAAAAGAUAACAAAUGGUAAAUCUGGUGGAAAACAAAAUGAACAAAAACGACAAAAAAUGCAAAAAGAUCAACAGGUAUCGAAUGAUUAUUCGACAAGAAAACGUUCAAUAACAAUUAUGAAAGCUUGGUCUUGUUUUUUAAUUAAUCAUAUGCAGAGGCAUAAUACAAUUAAUUAA